AUAGAAGAAUCUACAAUAGAAAAUUUGUAUAGUGAUGAGUUCAAUUCUUUAUCUGAUAAUAACAACGAAGAAAGAAAUAGCAGUGAUAAUGAAGAAUUAGCUUCGACAUCAACAUCUACCUCAAAAUUGAAAUGCGAUACAGAGUAUUUAUGGUUAGGUUCAACAAGUAAUUUAAUAAAUCAUCUUAGGGAUAUCUAUCAUGUUACCAAGAAAUCUCUUGUGAAUAAGUCAGUAAAGGUUCAUCAACAAACUAUUCAACAAGUAAUUAUGAAACCCUAUCCUGUUCUUAUUCAAAAAAAGCUUACAAAUCAAGUUGUACAAUAUAUAGUUUUACAUGUUCAGCUAAUUCAUCUUGUUGAAAUUGAUGACUUUAAACUUUUGUUAAAAAAAUUUGAUCCUCGCUUUAAAAUGCCAUGUGUUAAUACAAUAAAAAUGAUCAUAUUUGACUCUUAUAAUUCGGCAGUAAAGCAAAUUAUCAAUCUUAUUUCAAGGACGUCAGACACUAUUUCUUUAACUUUUGAUAUUUGGUCUUCACAUGCCCAUGAUAGUUAUCUUGGAAUUACUUGUCAUUGGCUUACAGAUUCAUUUGAGUUGUACGAAAUUGUACUUGAAAUUGGAGAGUUGGAUGAUCAUUGCGCAGAUGAUAUUGUUGAGUCAGUUAAUUCUGUUCUUGAUAAAUUUAAUAUUAAUCAUAAAAAGGUCUUUUCUAUUACUACAGAUAAUGGUGCAAAUGUCAAAUCUGCGAUACAAAAAAUGGAUGUUACUAAUAUUAAGUACGCUGGACAUACAUUACAAUUAAGUGUAAAUUUAGAAUUAAAGGAAAUUGAUAAACUUAUUUCAAAAUGCCUCAAAGAACCACUAGAUGUUAUUAAAGAUAUAGAUACCAAAUGGAACUCUACCUUUUAUUCUAUUGAACAUCUUAUUAGAAGAAGAGCAGAAACGAUGAGUUCUUUCCUUCCUUCAGAAGAUGAAUUUGAAUUAUUGAAUAAACUUAUUGUAAUCCUUUCUCCUUUCAAUGAAGCAACGCAAUUUUUAAGUGGAUCUGAAUAUCCAACACUUGGUUUUAUGACACCAAUAUUGGAAGAACUCACUCACCAGCUUAGGCAAUUUACUAGACAAAGUUAUAAAGCAAUUCUUGUAAAAGACACGAUCUUGAAUAACUUAGUUGAAUGUUGGGGAGAUCCAA